AUGGUGAUGAAAGGCCUGCUCCUAGGCUGUGUGACCGUGGCUGUGCUGCUUCAACUCUCCAGCGCCGGCCUGGUCAAGAAGAUCAUCCGCCACCGCAGAGAGACCCUGAGAGAUCCCUCUAAGAACCUGACCCUGCCCCACCCUGACCAGCCAGUGGUCUUCAACCACGUCUACAACAUAAACGUCCCCUCCAGCUCCCUGUGUUCCGUAGACAUGGAGAGCCCAGGAGGAACAAAGGUCAAGCCUAAACGAAGUCCAGUCCAGUCGGAUAUGCAGGGCACGGAGAACAAGGACCACACGAUUGACGGAGAGAACCAGAUCGUGUUCACCCACCGCAUCAACAUCCCCAAGCAGGCAUGUGGCUGUGACAACCACAUGCCUGAUAUGAAGGACAUCUUUAGCAGAUUGGAGAUGCUGGAGUCUGAGCUGUCCAGCCUCAGAGAACAGUGUGGCAGUGGAGCCAGUUGCUGUGGAGCCCAGGUUACAGGUGAGGUGGCCACCAAGCCUUACUGUAACGGCCGUGGUAACUUCAGCACUGAAACCUGCAGCUGUGUGUGUGAGCCCGGCUGGAAGGGACCCAACUGCACCGAGCCUGAGUGCCCCAACUUCUGCCAAGACCAGGGACGCUGCGUCGAUGGCAAGUGUGUCUGCUUCGAGGGCUUCCACGGAGACGACUGCAGCAUGGAGCCAUGUCAGGAGGACUGUGGGGACAAUGGGGAGUGCAUCGACGCCAUGUGUAUCUGUGAGGACGGCUUCACCGGGAACGACUGCUCCCAGAACAACUGCCUGAACAACUGCCUGGGACGCGGCCGCUGCGUGGACGAUGAGUGUGUGUGUGACGAGCCGUGGACGGGCUACGACUGCUCCGAGCUCAUCUGUCCCAACGACUGCUACGACCGCGGCCGCUGCGUCAACGGAACCUGCUUCUGUGAGGAGGGCUUUACCGGGGAUGACUGUGGGGAACUCACCUGCCCCAGCAACUGUAACAACCGUGGGAUGUGUGUCGACGGCCAAUGUGUGUGUCACUCUGGCUACAGCGGCGAAGACUGCUCCAAGCUCACCUGCCCCAACGAUUGUACUGAGAAAGGCCAUUGCUUCAACGGGAGGUGCAUCUGCGACCCAGGCUUCGAGGGAGUGGACUGUUCCAUCCUGUCUUGCCCAGACAACUGCAGCAACAGAGGCCAGUGUGUCAAUGGAGAGUGUGUCUGCAAUGUAGGAUUCGAGGGUGAUGACUGCUCUGAAAUCUCCUGCCCCAUGACGUGUCUGAACCGAGGCCGCUGUUUGAAUGGACAGUGUGUGUGCAGUAAAGGCUUCGCCGGGGACGACUGCAGCAUCAAGACCUGCCCCAAAGACUGCCUGGGACGCGGCGAGUGUGUUGACGGCACGUGCGUGUGCUUCAUUGGCUUCACAAGCAAAGACUGCAGCGAGCUGACUUGUCCCAACAACUGUCUGAACCGUGGGCACUGUGUUAACGGCCAGUGUGUGUGCAACAAAGGCUUUGCUGGGGAGGACUGCAGUGAGAAGACAUGUCCCAACAACUGCCUGGAGAGGGGCUAUUGCGUAGACGGGACGUGUGUGUGCUUCGAUGGAUUCCAGGGCCUGGACUGCUCUGUGCUGACCUGUCCAGGAGACUGCGAGGACCAGGGGAGAUGUAUGGAUGGAGUGUGUCUGUGUAACGAAGGUUUCAUCGGAGAGGACUGCUCUGGGGUGUCUCCACCCAAGGACCUGGCAGUGCAGGAGGUCACCCCAGAGACAGUGGACUUGUCAUGGGCUAACGAGAUGCAGGUGGCAGAGUACCUGGUCACAUAUGUGCCCACCGCCCUUGGAGGCCUGGAGCUGGACAUGCGUGUGCCUGGGGAUCAGAAGAACGCCACCAUCAGUGAGCUGGAGCCUGGUGUGGAGUAUCUGAUCAGUGUCUUCGCUGUCCUCAGCAACAAGAGGAGUGUCCCUGUCAGUGCCAGAGUGGCAACACAUCUCCCUGAGCCCGAGGGACUCAAGUUCACAUCAGUGAGAGAGACUGCAGUAGAGGUUCAGUGGGAACCCCUGGACAUCGCCUUUGAUGGCUGGAACCUCAUCUUCAGAAACACUAAAGAGGAGAAUGGGGAGAUUCUGAACUCCCUGGGCAGCCCUGACACCAGGUUCGAGCAGUCUGGGCUGGGACCUGGUCAGGAGUACGAGGUCAAACUGGAGGUGGUGAAGAACAACACCAGCGGACCUGCAGCACGCAAGAGCAUUUUCACAAAGAUCGAUUCUCCUAGAGAGGUGAAUGUGCGUGAUGUAACGGACACCACAGCGCUGGUGACCUGGUUUCUGCCGGUGGCCAUAGUGGACGGGGUGAGCGUGACCUACGGGCCCAACGACAACCCCUCAGACAGGAACACAGUGGAGCUGUCCUCUAGCGAAACACAGCACCACCUGGGGAGCCUGAACCCUGACACAGAGUAUGAGGUGUCUCUCAUGGCCAAGAGGGGAGAGAUGACCAGCGUGCCUGUGUCUGAGACCUUCCUAACAGACCUGGAUGCCCCGCGGGACCUGCAGACGGUAGAGCUGACUGACGACAGCAUUACUCUGGAGUGGAAGAACAGCCAGGCUCAAGUAGACAACUACCGCAUCAAAUAUGGCCCCCUCUCUGGAGGAGACCAUGGAGAGCUGCUGUUCCCUACCGGACCCCUGGACACCACCCAGGCCAAGAUCACUGGCCUGAGAGCUGGGACAGAGUAUGGGAUGGGAGUGACAGCCGUGAAGAGUGAGCGUGAGAGCCUUCCUACCACCACCAAUGCUGUUACAGCGUUGGAUGCUCCUAAGAACCUGGAGGUGGAGUCUUCCUCUGAGACUGAGAUGGUGCUGGUGUGGCAGAAGCCGGUGGCUAAGAUUGACAAGUACAAGCUGGAGUACGUGUCAGCCGAUGGGCGAAGGGCUGAGGUGACACCCUUCUCUAGAGACGUCAAGUACACCAUGAGGAACUUGACGCCCGGCAUGUUGUACACCAUCACCCUGACUGCUGAGAGGGGACGCAGGCAGAGUGGCCCCACCACCAUCUCCGCAACAACAGAGGAGGAGAAGCCUGUGCUGGGCAAACUGACAGUGUCAGACGUGUCGUGGGACAGCUUCCUGGUGUCCUGGGUCACUGAGGAGGGAGACUUUGAUGGCUUUGUGGUUGAGGUGACAGACGCAGAGGCAGGGGUAGAUUGGCAGAACCACACCCUCCAAGAUGCGGCCCAGAGCCUGGGCAUCGUAGGCCUCUCUCCCGCCACCUGGUACAAUGUCAGCCUGUAUGGGCUGUUCAAGGGGGCCCUGUUAGGGCCUGUCUAUGCAGACACCAUCACAGAAGCUGAACCCAUCGUGGAGCAUCUCUUGGUCUCCGACAUCACCCCAGACAGCUGUAAAGUGGCCUGGUUGGCUGAAGAGGACCUCUUUGAUAGUUUUGUCAUUGUGAUCAAUGAUACUAGCGACGACCUCGCUUCUCCGCAAGAGGUGGUCGUGCCCGGCGAGGAGAGAACAACAGUGCUUACUGAGCUAAUUGACGACACAGAGUACGAAAUUGAGCUGUAUGGGGUAAUUUCUGGACGGCACUCAGACUCUAUCUCCGGGGUGGCAAAAACAGGGCUGGGCACACCCAAGGGCAUCCAUUUCUCUGAUGUCACUGAUACCUCUGCCAUUGUACACUGGACAAUCCCCAGAGCUCGAGUGGACAGCUACCAUGUCACCUAUGUCCCUGCUCAGGGAGGUGCUCCUCAGACUGUGACAGUGGGUGGCACUGAGUCUCAGAAGGUGUUGUCGAAUCUGACCCCUGGAGUGACCUACCAGGUGACCGUCAUCUCUGUGAAGGGACAGAAGGAGAGUGAGCCUGGCACCAGCAGCGUCGCCACAGCUCUGGACAAGCCCAGUGGCCUGACUGUAGUCAACAUCAAUGACACAGAUGCUCUGCUCCACUGGCAGCCUUCCAUCGCCACUGUAGACGGAUAUGUCAUCACCUACAGCGCAGACACUGUUGUCCCAGUGAUGGAGAGAGUGUCUGGAAACAUUGUGGAGUUUGAGAUUACCUCCUUGACCCCUGCCACCCACUACACUGUCAAGGUCUACGCAAUGAGAGCGGCUGCUAAGAGCGCCUCCACCACCACUGAGUUCACUACUGAUGUAGAUGCCCCUCAGGACCUGGCAGCCAGUAACAUCCAGACAGAGAAUGCCAUGUUGACCUGGAAGGCCCCACGCGCUGACAUCACCGGCUACAUCCUCAGCUUUGAGUCAGCUGACGGCACAAUCCGGGAGGUUGUCCUGAGCCCCACAGCCACUUCCUACAACAUGGCCCAGCUGAGUGCCUCCACUGAGUACUCCGUCAGACUGCUGGCCAUCGCAGGGCCCAAGAGGAGCAGAGUCAUCACCACCGUCUUCACCACCAUUGGCGUGCUGUACAAACACCCCAGGGACUGCUCCCAGGCCUUGCUGAAUGGAGACACAGCCUCUGGUGUCUACACCAUCUACCUGGGUGGAGAUGAGAGUCAGCCCAUACAGGUCUACUGUGACAUGGCCACAGAUGGAGGUGGAUGGAUUGUGUUUCUCAGACGCCAGAGUGGUAAGCUGGAGUUCUUCCGCAACUGGAGGAACUACACUGCUGGCUUCGGUGACAUGAACGACGAGUUCUGGCUCGGCCUGUCGAACCUCCAUAAGAUCACUGUAGUGGGACAGUACGAGCUUCGUGUGGACCUCAGAGACAAGGGGGAUGUAGCCCACGCCCAGUACGACAAGUUCUCCAUCUCUGAUCCCCGCAGUCGCUACAAGGUCCAUGUUGGAGGGUACAGUGGUACCGCAGGUGAUUCUAUGACCUACCAUCAUGGUCGCCCGUUCUCAACCUACGACCAUGACAAUGACAUUGCAGUCACCAACUGUGCCCUGUCCUACAAGGGUGCCUUCUGGUAUAAGAACUGCCAUCGCGUCAACCUUAUGGGACGAUAUGGCGAUGACAGUCACAGCAAGGGAGUGAACUGGUUCCAUUGGAAAGGCCAUGAGCACUCCAUUGAGUUUGCUGAGAUGAAGAUCAGGCCAUCCAACUUCAGGAACUCUGAGGGAAGGAGAAAACGAUCGUAA